AUGGAGAACAGCGAGAUCAAGCACUUUGUACUUGUACAUGGAGCCUGCCAUGGAGCAUGGUGUUGGUAUAAGGUGGCAAGUUUGUUGAAAUUCUCAGGUCAUAAGGUCACAGUCCUGGACCUAGCUGCUUCUGGGAUCCACCCAAAGCAGGUGCAUGAAGUAAAGUCAUUUUCGGAAUACGUCGAGCCUUUGAUGGAAUUCAUGGCGUCUCCGCCAUUAAUGGAGGAAAGGGUGGUACUUGUCGGCCACAGCUAUGGAGGUCUCUGCAUAUCUGUUGCCAUGGAAAAGUUCCCCGAGAGAGUCUCUGUUGCAGUGUACGCCGCUGCCUUUAUGCCUAGUCCCGACUUGAGAGAGUCUCUGUUACAGGAGUUCAACAGAAGACUGGAUUCUUAUAUGGACACGCAAUUUACGUUCGAUCAAGGGGAAAACAACCCUCCAACCUCCCUUUUAUGGGGUCGCAACUUCAUGGCAACCCAGUUUUACCAACUCUCCCCACCUGAGGAUUUGACGCUUGCAAUGUCGUUGGUGAGACCUAUUCGUCUCUACGGGGAUACUGCAACAUUGCAAAAAGAAGCAAAUCUGAGCAGGGAGAAAUACGGGCAAGUUCCUAGAGUUUACAUCAUUUGUGAAGAAGACAAUGUGAUGAAGGUGGAUUUCCAAAGGUGGAUGAUUGAGAACAAUCCAGCACCGGAGGUGAAGGUAAUUGCCGGUUCCGAUCACAUGGUGAUGUUCUCGCAACCGAAGGAGCUGUGCUCCUGCCUCCUUGAAAUUGCAGAGAAAUAUCCUUAAAACUUGCCACUUGCAGCUACCUAGCUUGGGAUAUAUGUUUCGUGGCACAAAUAAAUUAUGACCCGAUGGUAAUAUCCCGUACGUGUGUCUUGAGUACUACAAUAUGAUGGCAUGCACAUUAUUUGAAUUAAUUAAGAUCUAGUAGGCAAUUAACAAUUUGAUUUGUAAUAUUUAAAUUUUAGAA